CCUUCUCCCUCGAGCCCGUGCCCCGCGCGCCCCGCAGGCCGCUGCCCCCCCCGCCCCGCCCCGUCGCCGAGCGCGCUGCCAGGUUGCGCAAGGGGGAGGGGGGCGUUGGCCACCGUGUGUGUAGGAGCGGCCUGCGGCCCCAAUGAGGGGCUAGUGGUGCUGUGCUUGGCUCGAUUGCCCGGCCGUGCCCUUGAGCUGCAAUGGACUCGGCUCUGGAGGGUUCGGUGGCAGGUGUGACUGCGACGGUGGCCUUCGGCAGCACAGAGCCGGAAAUGCUCCAAGGACCAUCAGAAGAUGUAUUUCCAAAAAUGGAAAGUCCAGUUGAAGAAAUGGAUACCUCUGAUACCCAGUGGGGCUGGUUUUAUUUGGCUGAGUGUGGUAAAUGGCAUAUGUUUCAGACUGAUUCAAACAGUCAUUGCUCUAUUAGCAGUGAAGAUAUUGAAAGGAGUUUCCGAACAAACCCACAUGGUUCUCUGUCUUUUACGACUGCAAAGUUUAACUACAUGCUAGACUUUUCAGUGAUGAAACAAAUCAACCUGACUACCCUUAAGCAACGUCCAAUAAAGCGAGCUCCCUUUUCUAUCAAUUCAUUCAGUUUCAUCUGUGAAAAUGAGGCUAUCCCUAUGCCUUCACACUGGGAGAAUGUAAAUACUGAGGAGCCAUACCAGCUUAUUCCAUUGCAAAAGAAAACAAAUGAAUAUAAUGAAGUUUCUAGUCUCUUUGGAAAAACAAUGGAUAGCCACCGAAUUAAAAGAAUUAAGAGAAUACAAAAUCUAGACUUGUGGGAGUUUUUUUGCAGGAAAAAAGCUCAACUGAAGAAGAAAAGGGGUGUCCCAACGAUUAAUGAGCAGAUGCUAUUUCAUGGCACCAGUAAUGAAUUUGUUGAAGCAAUAUGUAUUCAUAACUUUGACUGGAGAAUAAAUGGGAUGCAUGCUGCUGUGUAUGGAAAAGGGACCUACUUCGCCAGAGAUGCAUCAUAUUCCAGCCAUUUCUGCAAAGAGAGCAUGAAGCACGGAGAUACUUUCCAGAUUCAUGGCGUGAACCUGCAGCCUCAUCUGCAUAGACCAGAUAAAGUCAUGUUUCUUGCUCGUGUAUUAACUGGUGACUAUAUUGGUGGAGAUUCAAAAUACAUAAGACCUCCUUCAAAAGAUGGAAGUUUUGUGAACUUGUAUGACAGCUGUGUGGAUAAUACCUGGAACCCAAAGAUCUUUGUCAUCUUCGAUGCCAACCAAAUCUACCCUGAGUACUUAAUAGAAUUUUGUUAAGUUUGAACUGAGUAUUGUUUGUGUAUUUUUGAUAUUUUUGUUUCUUUCAUAAAGACAACAACAUGAAAACAUGAAGCAUUAAAGGAGAGAUGUGAAAGAAAAGGUGGGAUACAUUUAUGGAGGAGGCAAGCUAUUAAGUACAUAAGAGAGAUUGGUGAACUUUUUU